AUGUCUGAAUCCGGGGAUAUCCGCAAUACUUUUGAUACCCGUAUCCUUAUCCGCAUCCGGAUGUCUACACAAGUACUUACACAGUUCUUGAGGAUCAUCACAUCUCGCCACCUGACCGAGCGCCUGAGCAUCUCCGGGACGCGCAUUAACAGCGGCUCCCCCGUCUACAUAGAGAAGACCGUUCCCGACGCCCUCAAAGGCAAGUCUGUUUCCCGCCAGUCCCUGCUCGACAUCGUCUCCUCCAAGAUCAGCAUAGGGAGUCGGAAAAGGUUUUCAAGAGAUUCGUUUUCGGCGUCCUACGUGAACAGAACCCAUGUGGCCUCCGAGCUGGACAUCAGCAGAAAGACGCGGGAAGCGCGCAAGAAGGAGAUCAGGAGCAAGCUGCGGCUGGAGACGUGGGAGCCCAGCCCGAACAGCUCGGACAAGAAAAUGGGAUGUAGAUGGACUUUCGUUUUCGAUCCUGCGGGGAGACUCUGUUAUUAUUGGUCAGUCGUUGUGUCUCUAGCGUUUUUAUACAAUCUCUGGGUGAUGGUUUAUCGAUUCGCCUUCCAGGAGAUAACCAAAGAUACUAUCCUCGUGUGGUUUUGUUUGGAUUAUUUUGCUGAUCUUAUAUAUGUUUUGGAUAUAGUAUUCCAUUUCCGCACGGGUUACCUAGAAGAUGGUGUCUUACAAACUGACUCACGAAAACUUCGUCAACACUACAUGAACUCUACGACAUUUUACAUUGAUUGUUUAUGUUUGUUACCGUUAGAUUUCUUAUACCUCUCAAUAGACUUUAAAUCAAUAUUAAGAUGUUUCCGUCUUGUGAAAAUAUACAAAUACUGGCACUUUUUAGACCGAACAGAGAGACACACCAACUCACCUAACCUAUUCCGUUCAAUAAGUCUGAUCCACUACCUGCUGGUCAUUUUCCACUGGAAUGCUUGUAUUUUCUACAUGAUUGGCAAAAACGAUGGAUUCAGCUUCAAGCCAAGAUUCAUCUACUCCAACUCCAGUGAUGACAUUUUGGAGUACCUGAAAGCUUUCUAUUGGUGCACACUUAGUUUAACUACAAUCGGCAGUGUCCCUCUGCAUGACUCUUUCACCAACGGCACUUAUAGUUCCCUGGACAUGCGAACCAAGACGGAUUACCUCUACCACAUAAUCCAGCUCAUGUUCGGCCUCCUGCUCUUCGCCACCGUGCUCGGCCACAUCGCCAACAUCGUCACCAACGUCUCGGCGGCUAGGAAGGAAUUUCAGGAUGAAUACUCUUCUCUGGAGAAAAUAUUUCUACUAAGGGAAGGUCACUUCGGAAAGCUCAAAAAUCUUGCAGUAAACAUCACGCAUAUCAAGAUCUGUGACGACUCCGUCUCGGUAAAUAACCAAGCUCGGGUGGUCCUUUCGUACGACUCACAGGUCAUUAAACCUCAAGCCCUCUGCGUCUCGAAGGCCGGGGAGGGAGUGAGCGCCAUCUGUAGAAGAGCCAGUUGUGCGCCCAUAACUAUAUUCCGCCCAAACUCAGGAAUGGAAAAAAUGACAACUAAACCAGGACUCUGGCGUUGUCUUAUGCAGGGACACGGGGUACAUUACCAAAUUCAGAUUCAGAUUCAUAUCUUUUAUUUGGCCAUAGAAAAUUGA